AUGCAGGACUCCAGUGAGUUCGUGGACCUGUACAUGCUGUGGAAAUGCUCCUCGAGCAACAGGAUCAUCGGGGCCAAGGACCACGUGUCCAUCCAGAUGAACAUGGCCGAGGCUGACAAGGUCACAGGCAGAUUCAAAGGCCAAUUUAAAACUUAUGCAAUUUGUGGAGCAAUUCGUAGAAUGGGAGAAUCUGAUAACUUUCUCUGGCUGGCAAAAAACGAUGGUACUGUUUCAAAGAAUUUCUAA